CGCGGAGCGGCGCGGAGGCGGAGCGCUGCGAUGUGCAGGAUGUCGUUCAAGAAAAGAAGGCGAUGCCAGAGAGCUAACCUGAAACCCAGGAAGAUGUCCUGUAGCAGGACAUGCCAGCAGGAUGAUUCAGCCUCUCUGACUGUGCCCAGCCCCACCACAGAAGCAGACAAUACAGAAAGAAACACCACUCGCCAAUGCUGCGUUUUGGGCUGCAAGAAAAGGAAACCUGGCUCUCCUCCAGCUGCUGCUCAACAGUGGGCGAGUAGAUGUGGACUGCAAAGACAGCGUAUGCGCACAGUGCCCCUACAGCCACGGCACUGAUUUUACAUCGCUUCCCAUAGCCCCCUGCACCCAGGGCGCGGCAGGGAUCUAACACGAGACAUUUGAGAGUCUUAUGGCACUUAGGGAUGAUUUAAAACCUUCCCUUGUCAGGAAGCAAGUUUGAAACUCAAGAUAAAAUAAGGGUGAUGAUUUACAUCAGUGGCAAGGGGUUAGGAAUUUGCCAGCGCUCAAAAAUGUGUCUUACACAGUUAUUUGUGGCGCUGACAUUAAAAACACAGAUCCUAGCACCUCGGGCUUCUCUUUGCAAGGAAAUGUCAUUGUAGUGAUAGAUCACAGUGAAGAGUCGACUCAACCGAGCCCAAGCAGCAAUGAUUCUGUCAGCUAGCAGAGCUCCUCAUAAUUAGUUUUCAAAAAAAAAAAACCCAACCCUGGACCACAGUUUUCAUUUAGACAAUGUAAAAGUUUGCAUUUGAUGUGCAGCCGUUCCCACCCUGUGUGGCACGCAGCGUCCUACAGCCGGCGGUGCCGUCAGAAGAACUGCUGGCCUCCUGACUUCUUCCUCCCCCCAGCCCCAGUAUCUCCUGGACUUGGCACCAACAUGAAGGCACGGUACAAUUUCCAAGCAAAGAGGAGCCCAGACACGUGACAGAAAGAUUUCAGGGGGAUUUCCUUACUGUAAUUGGCAUGGGUUGAAAUAAGUUUUGAGAUUAGAAAUGGGCUGAAAAUGCAGAUGGUGGGCAAGUCUUGCUAUUCUGCCUACAACAUAUGGAGAGAUACUUGAUUGUACUAAGCUAUGGCAAAGAGCAGGGGAAAACCAAGGCUGAGAAGUUCCCAGGUUUCUUUGGCGCUGGGACUGAUUUACCGAGAGUCAUUCCUGUGUGGUACAGGAUUAGUGCCACUUCCAGCCUGAAACAUGAACCUGCUGCAGCUCCUCUCACUUUGAAUACCUUCAAAGUGCAAGAGAUUUUCCAAGCCCACUGACUUUAACGUAACUUUUCAUUUUCAUAUCAUUUUUGCCCUCUGGGCAACUAUUUGUCCUGCAGUACUUCUGGACCUGAUGGUCUUGGCACAACAGCUCUGAUGGUAGCAUCUUACUACGGACACAUAGAUUGCGUGCGGGAAUUGGUGUUGCAAGGAGCAGAUAUCAAUCUGCAGAGAGAGUCAGGUGCAACUUCCCUGUUCUUUGCUGCACAGCAAGGCCACAAUGAUGUAGUGAAGUUUCUCUUUGAAUUUGGUGCCUCCACUGAAUUUAAGAAUAAAGAUGGAGGUACUGCUCUUCUAGCUGCUUGUCAGUACGGGCAUGCAAAAGUAGUGGACACUCUGUUAAAGCACGGCGCCAACAUUCACGAUCAACUUUAUGAUGGAGCUUCUGCAAUUUUCCUGGCAGCACAAGGAGGCUAUCUGGAUGUCAUCCGACUGCUGCUUUCUUCAGGAGCAAAGGUUAACCAGCCACGGCAGGAUGGGACGGCUCCCUUGUGGAUUGCAUCGCAGAUGGGUCAUAGCGAAGUGGUGCGAGUAAUGCUGCUCCGGGGAGCUGAGCGAGACGCCGCACGGGACGAUGGUACGACUGCUUUACUGAAGGCUGCCAUUAAAGGGUACAACAAUGUGAUUGAAGAGUUGCUGAAAUUCUCUCCCACGCUUGGCCUGCUGAAGAAUGGGACCUCUGCUCUCCACGCGGCUGUCCUGAGUGGCAACGCGAGGACAGUGGCGCUGCUCCUCGAAGCUGGAGCGGACCCAUGCUUGAGGAACAAGGCAAACGAACUGCCGUCAGAACUAACAAAAAAUGAACGCAUUCUCCGACUCCUCCGCACGAAGGAAAAGCAAAGGAAAAGCUAAUGCAGCCCUGCAGUAAAUGCGGGUUUGACAGAGAUGCGCCCUGACCACAGUAGCAUGACAGUAACCCUAGGUUGCCCGAGAAGGGCUUGUUGGAACAGUCUGCAGAACUGAAUAGCCUCUCCGGUACACGCUCCCUGAACGCAUGAGGCCCUUGACACGGGAUCGCCAUGGGCUGGGGCCUCUGCCUGCCAUUGCUGAGCGCAGAAGGACUGUGACGAGAGCAGGAUUUGGCCUGGGAGCUGCGUUUGCACUGCAGCCCUGCCUGCACUCCAGGAUCCCACCGGUCCAGCACCAGUGUUUGCUCCUCUGUGCCUGCAGCGUACGCAUCCCCACACAAGCAAGUGCUCCCGCCGUUUCAGACACGCGUUCCCAUACUGGCAUGGCCGCAGAGCUGUAACGGGUGCCUCGGAGCAGCCAGCCCUCGUGCCAAAAGGACGCUCGGAUCUUCUAGCUGUUUGGAUGCAGUCAGUCCUGGAGCAGCUCCAUGGUGCUGCUGCUCUCCCUUUGCUGGCAGAGCUAGCUCAGACCAUUCCUCUCUACCUUCAAGUGCCGCAUGGGGCUAGAGGUGAGAUCCCACCUGCAACAUCCCAACAUCUCCUGCCAGCCCAGGGCUUUGGUAACAUUUUUUCUGCUACAUGAAGCUCCAUAAAAAUGAUCCAGAGCAUUACAAAUUAUGCCAAAAGCUACCGACCAAACAAUAAGCAAGGAUAUGUCCUCCUCAGUUGUAGCAUCUUCAUCUGACAAUCCAUCCAGCAGCAGAAACACAGCAGAGCAUUUUGUGAUGUGUAUGCAGUGCUAUGGGGAUCCAUUCCCAACCCUACAGCCUACGUACGUGCAUUUUUGUGGGUAGGGGAGGACCGGUUACUGAGCAAACCAAGCAGGGCAUGUCAUUCACUGGCACAAGUUCAUGAGAAAUUUAGCUGCCGGGCGCAACGGCACAGAUGCUAUACAAGUGAUACAUGUAUGUCCUGCACACGCAUAUAUGUGACACUAUGGUUUCGUACCCACAGCUACUAUGCAAUGCACCCGUUCCCCAGGUCUGUGAUGGGAGUUAAGGGAGAAGGGCACAUGUCCAGGUGUUUCAACAGCUGGCAAGAGGGUUACACAUAGGCACACUCAAACAGGUCCACUAAUUAAUGCAGGCAUGGAAAAGGAAUGCUCAGCAGCAGUUUUGACCUUUGUUGUGGUUGAGAUGCUUAGACACGCUACUAGUGCCUAUGUGGGGAGGGCAGUGCAGAUUGUAGAUGAUUUGUGAAGAGCUAUGCUUUAGCCAUGUUGCUGGAAGACACCCCAUUAAAACCCAGUCAUUUUUGCUGUAUAAACACUAUAUAUUAAGUCCUGCUAGCCACAAAAACUUUAGAAAUUAUUUUAUAGCAAGUUGAGGUAUAGCGUUAAUUCAGUACAUAAAUCCAGGCACUUCACUUGCCUUCAAACUUUGAUGAAUUACUGUAAAAUUGCAUAAAAAGUUGAGGACAGAGAAGAUUGUAAGGAAACAAAAUGUUCCCUGCUUAAAAAAUGUCUGCCCAGGAUUCAACUGAAUUGUUGCACUUUUGCUUCAGUGAGUUAAAAAAAUAUCUUUUAGCGAGCUAGCACAAAUGAAUGUAGUUUACGUAGUGCAAAUUAGACAUAUAUAUUACCAAAUUGUUAGGUUAUUCUUUUUAUGAGUAAGUUAGGUAAGAUGUCAGGGUUCUGGUGAAGAGAACAGAAGUGGGCAUACCUUUGCUUGCGAGCUGGAAUUGUUAUUCAUUUUCUAUUCAGCAUUAGAAAGGAAAGCUUUAAGCUUGCCAACAAUAUAAGAAGACACCAGGAAAAUAUUUGUUUAGGUAAUUCAUGCUGCUGUAUUUUUAAAUGAAAAUAAUGUUGUGCCUAAUAGAAACUUGCAGACAAACUGGUACAGAACCAAAGAAUUAUGCAAGAUGCUUUGAGGAUGAUUGUAUCCAGGGUUAAGUUCUGCAAAAGACUAAAAAAUACUGAGCAUGCAGAAAUCUCAAGAGCCUUACUGGGAACUUAAGUUGCAUAGCAUUGCAUGGGACUGGACUCUAACUUCUUUAACAAGCAGCACUGGAGAGGAUAGGUUUAUUUGGAGCCCCCAGUGGGUUGAAGAUUAACAUAUUGUAUUGGAGAAUGCUAAAGGGACUCUUGGCAGCCUGGCCUCAAUAUUGAUCUUUCUCCCUAAAGUUUCUUCAGGUCAACAGCUGGGAACAGCCACACUCUUAAGAUGAAAAGCCCUUUCACAGUUGUAAAGGAAGGGGAUAAUCAUUAGAAGGUCUUCAGUAGUCAUGCUGGGUGAGCAAUAAAUACUCUUGAAAUCAGACAGGCUGUAGUGAUCAAGCAGUCUUCCUAAAAAAUGUGGACCCUCACCAGCAGUGGUGAGGGUCUCCUAUUUUUUUCCUGAUAGCAGAGCAUAGGAGAAAGGACAGAGCAAGUCGACAGUGGUCCCGUGACAGCUGAAGUAAGCAAGCUGAGGCAACAUGCAGGUGUCCAGUAUCUGCAGGUGGCCUCUCCUUUCUGCCAGGUGUAUUUUCUUGUGAGAGUGGUCUCACCCCAAAGUGGGCAGCUACUCAGCAAAGAGCUUCUUCUUGAACUAUGCCUGCCCAUGGGAAGACGCAUGUCUGCCCACCACCAUUUAGAGUUUCCAAGUCGUGUGUCCAGCUGCCUCCGUUCCUGGCCACCACAGCCCGGGCUCUCAUGCAACAAGCAAAGAACACCUGGGAUGCUGCAUCCCGUACACAACAUCUGCUGACCACCUUCUGAGAGGAUGCAGUUACCAGGUCCUCUUUUUCUGAGCGAUAUUGGGCUAUAACUGGCUUUUCUUAUUUCUAAACAAAAUCUGAAAUGUGGGGCUAGGACAGGUUGAAGGAAGAGGCUUGUGGCUCCCUCCUCGCUCUCAUUAGGGCUGGCUGAUAGAGCACACAGGCUCUGUGUGUGCAGCUCCAUGGUGGAGAACGGGCAGCGACGUCUUUCUCUGCCCUGUUCAGGCAGGGUUGAACCUAGCUUCAGCAAAGACACUUCAGCCAACACAGGACAUUUAGGCAUGGAAGCCUUCCUGUUAGGAGCAUGUUUCAUCUUGGAGCCUUUGGAGAGAGCGCUGGUUUUAGUUUUUCGUUCCCUGUAAACAAAAGGUGCUUAUUCUGCCUGUAGAUGGGCUCUGAAGUUGCAAUACUGUUUCUCACCAUGCAAUUAACCUUUUCACAAAGAAACCUUAAUAAUUCUUAGUAUUUAUGUAGCUACUGUUAUCUUUAAAGUGCUCAGUAAAUACUGCUGUGGUUUGUUUGUUGUUCUAAAAGGGAAACCUGCUUUCCCUUCCUGGCUGAAGUGAUUCACUAAUAUUGACAGUAGUUCUUUGCAUAGUUGUUGUGCCUUUUGUGCAAGGCUUUCAAAGUGCUCUGUGGAUGCUAUUACCUUUGUAAGUUCCAAAAUGCAUUGCUGGGGGAGGCAGGACAAUAGAUGAUUUCAUGUAGCAGCUGUUCAUCAGUUCAUGUCAACAGACAUGGGUAAAUUUAGACUAGAAAUUAAGGGGCACCAAAUCCAUUUCAUAGACGGCCCGAUGAAGGUAGGUACCAUACAAUGACAUGAAAUAGAACUGGGACAGGAUAACAGGCCAAAUUGCUUUUUGGGUUGAGUUUUGGGGAUUCUUGUCCCCCAAGAAUGCCAUAUAUAUAUAUCCAUCUUACACCCCCCAAAAAAAUAGCUGCAGUAGUACACUGCUUUUAGCUUUGCCUCUGCACAUUCAUAUCCAGGGGCCCAGCUUGCUGUUGUCUCCACCUGGGAUUUAUGGAGGUGCUGCAGCCUGGUGACUUCCCAUCAGCUGCAAGUGAGUACAAAGGAUGUGCAACCGAGAACAGGCUACACUAAUGAGUCAAGAAAAAGUAUACGACAUCUUUCUUUUAUUUCACUAGUAUCAAGCCAGUGUAAGAUGGGCAUGGCUUAAGGAAAGGCCUGCAGGGCAGAGAGAGAAGCGGCAUCCCAUCAGUGACAUGAUAGCGGUUGUAGCCUCAGAUGUCCCAAUUACAUGGAGCAAUUCAUUUAAGAUGAUCACUGCCGUGCAGUGUGCAGGGACAUCUGUUCAGUAAUGAUACAAGAGGCAAUGUUGUACCUCCUGACUUGCACAUGCUGUUCUUCCCUUGGAGCAAAACCAUCUCACGAUUGAUCCACUCACCUUUGUUUAGUUUAGAAGAGCUGAGAGGAUAAGAGCACCAGAUCAAACACCUGCAGGUCAUAUUUAAUGCACUUUUACAAUGAUGGUUAUUUGCCUCAGAGUCAGAGCCUAAUUGCAAGAAUAAUUCACACUCUUUAUUCAGCCAGUCAUGGUGACCAUUGGGAAAUCCAUAAGUAAACCAAAUCUCGUGUUGUCUCAGAAAUUUCAGAAUUGUACAGAAAAUGAGGUAGCACAAAGCCCAGCCCAUUUGUGCUUCGCUUAAUAUGAACACUGAACAGACACAAAAUACUGCCUUUGUCUGGAACCCUUGAGUCAGCAGCGUUAAAAUGUUAACGUUUGCUAUGAGUCCAAACAAAGUUUAUACACGAGGCUCUUUUUUCCAGCAACAGAAUAUUGUACUGCACACACGGGACUAAAUGGAGCUGUGCCUUCUCACAGCAGCUCUGCAUUUGGUCCUUGGGAAUGUCACAAUAGUUUCAUACUUUUCUGAAUUCCACAGUUUGGUUUGACCCGCCCUUUUAGGCAUUUGAUAAAACCUAUAUAAAUUUAUAUAACUCCGUGUAAGACUAGUAGUCUGCAACAGGAAUGUUGCUUUGCCAGAACACAUUUUUCCAUACCAUCAUUUCAAUAAAAAUUAAUA